AUGCGCUCUUUCCUUACGACGGCCGUGUGCCUUACACUCGUUUCUUGCUCUGCCGCUCGAGUCACGGCGCCACACUCAUACCGCGAUCUGCUAGGACAGGAGGAACACAAGCCUAAGGUUCACCAGGAGGAGAACGCAUUCGUCAAAUGGUUCAAAGGCCUGUUCGCGCAACGAGCUGCGGAACCGACAACGACAAGCGUGGACAGCACCUGCUAUGAGGAUGCCUACUUUGAAUUCGCCGGCGAUCUAGGACAGGACUUCUGCCAGGACUACAUGAACUACCCCAACGUGACUUUCACCAUUGAUUUCACCCCCGUCAGCACCCUCACCACAGCUUACACCACCCGGGUUUCCACCACAACGUCGCUUACACGAGUGACUCCAACAUCGACAGUCACUGUGACCGUUCGUGCCAGCACCUCGACAGUUGAUAAUGCUCCCGGCGUCACUGCGAGGGCUCUCCGUCAAAAGAUGACUUUCGACGACGCCGUCGAGGAGUUCAAUCCCAGGUAUCGCCGGCAGGAAGAUAGCACUCCUAACAGCAGCUCUUCCAUGAGAGCGGCAUUCUCUAGUGCUUGCUCCUGCCAGGACUUCGCACACCCAACAGUCACUGUUACGUACACAAACGAUCCAACAGUCGAGACUCUCUCCGCCUUUGAAAGAACAACGACCACUGUUCAAACGACGAGGACUGCUGCAGCCAGAGAAGUGACCACGACAGCUACAGAGGCUGCCUCCACUCCCUCUACUACCCAAGCCACGACGUCUGGGUCUCCAACCUCUGGAGUCGCCCCGGCUGAAGACAGCUCAAGCACUGAAGUCACUACAUCGACUGAUUCUGACUCUGGCUCUGCGGCCACCUCGUCUGGUGGUGCUCCCACCCCAACCGCUGCGCCAUUCACCUGCCCAGAGGAUGACAACACUUCGAUCAGCGAGAUGGUGGGCAAUGAGCGCUUCGACUACCUCGUCCGCUGCGACACUGUGCUUAUGGACUCGGACCUUGGCGGGACCGCUUUCGAAUUUUCUGACCUUCAGCAAUGCGUUGGCGCCUGUUCAAUCGCCAAUGCCAACUUCGACGACCCGGUCUGCCAAGGUGUAUCAUUCUUUGCCCAGGAAACCAGUGAUACCGGCAACUGCUUCUUGAAGACCUCAGCCAACCUCACUGUGGCGGCUCCCGGCAUUGACAGUGCUUUCUUGCUGCGCAUCGCCGUUGGCAUCGACAACUCAUCUGCCACGAGCACCGAAGCUGCACCCUUCAACGGCGCUAGCACUUCGCGCGAUCCAGCACAGGUCAGCUCCAUGAUGUCUUCGAUGUUCAGCAACAGCUCCUCUAACAUGCCUGUCAUCACACCAAGACCAUUCGUCCCGAGCGGCAUGAUGGCAAAUCCUCCAUACACGGCAUACUCUACUUUCGUCUCGGAGGGCUCAACAUUCUCGACUGGGACUGGCUACACUUCUGCUACGACUUUUGCAAAUGGCAGCUGGGUUUCCUCUUACUUCACCUCCUUCACGGUCGCCUAUGAGGUCUCUACAGCCAUUUACGGCGCAUCAGCUGGCGGCUACCAGUUGACCAACUCUUCGAACACGCAGACCGAGCAGUUCAGUGGUGCCAAUGGUGGCAGCAACCAAACCAUAACGACCAACAGCACGUCCUUUUACCCAGGAGGGUACAACGUGACCACAGUGGUCACCAAUCUGGGCUUUGACGCUAACGGCACCGAGGUCUACUCGACGGCCACCACGUAUUACUCCAGCUAUCAGACUGCAGGCGCAUCCAGUGGGAGCGUCAGCAGCUCCGUGGCAGGUUCGCCAGCUUCUGCAAGCGCCGAUCUGUCUACUUCAGCCUUUUCAACCGUGGUAGUCAGCUCAGGAGGUACCGGCGGUGCCUACUCCACUGUCACUUCCGGAGGACCUACGCCAACUGCUUACUCGUCGGCCACAACAAUCGUCAACACCUACGGAACAGCGUACAGCUCUGGAUACGUCGUCUCAGGAGUCGUCGCUAGUUCUGGUUUCGGCGGCGAAGCAAGUGGUGUUGGUUCCGGCGCCCCAGCUUCGACUCAAACGAGCUUGGUGACCGAAAUCAUCAAUUCUGGCGGCACUCAGGGCGCUUCGAGUGGAUUUACAGCUGGCGGGCCUUCCAGCACACCUUCGAUGAGUAUCGAGACCAUCAUCAUCGGCUCGGGCGGGACACAAGGCGCUUCGAGUGGGUUCGGCAGCGGUGCUCCAGCCUCGACUGGCACACUCCCGAUCACUGUCAUCGUGAGCUCUUUCGGCACGCAGGGAGCCUCGAGUGGAUUUGGCGCAGGCGGACCGAGUGGCACUGGCACCGCACCUACAACUCCGAUGUCUGCUGCUGUCAGUUCGUAUGGCACUCAAGGAGCUUCAAGCGGAUUUGGCGCUGGCGGACCAAGUGGCACUUCCCCAAACACCCCGAUUUCCGUGAUUGUCAGUACCGGCGGCACACAAGGCGCAAGCAGCGACAUGAUAUCUGGAGGACCUUCGCCAUCAUCGACAGGAGAUUUCUCGAACACUGGUCCGCCGCGGAGCCCAUUCCCAAGCAGUGGCAGCACUGGAAUCGAAGCCGCACCAUCAAACGCGACUACUUCCCCCGCUGGAACUGCUGAGAGCACGCUUCCUUUGUUCCCUUCGACAGGCGCUUACAUUGCUCCUUCGCCAACGGCUCCAGCAGGCACGGCUCCACUGAGCUCUGCUUCUGGCGACUUUUCGAACACUGCUCCGCCGCGCAGCCCAUACCCAAGCACUGGAGUUGCACCCUCAGGGACUGCUCCAGGCACUUCGCCGAGUGGCUCGAUGCCGUCUGCUUCAAUGCCGUCUGCUUCAAUGCCCUCCGGUACGAUGCCAUCUGGAACCGCGCCACUGAGCUCCGCUUCUGGAGCAUUCUCCAACACCGGCCCGCCACGCAGUCCUUUCCCAAGCAGCGGCACAAUGCCAGGAACAGCCUCAGCGAGUGAGAGUGAGAGCACCUCCAUUCCAUUCCUUACGAAUACAAGCGGCGGAUACACCGGCUUCUUGCCACCAGGCACCGCAGCCACUCCAUCUGGUACUAUGCCAAUGCAGUCAAGCACAGGCAGCUUCGGCGCACCGACCGACAGUAGAAGCCCCUUCCCAAGCUCAGGCACUGCGCCUCUGAACACCGCGCUACUGGGAACAGCAUCUGGUCCGAUGCCUUCAGGAACUUCGCCACCACACCCGCCUUACGGCUUUGCACCCCCAGGCUUGACGACCGCACCGAUGGCGACGGGGACGAGCCCAAGCAAUUCUACGUAUCCAGUCGUCGUGGGCCCUACGGCCGGCCCCUCAACCUGCAAUAAUGGCACCAUGGGCACGACGACAGUCUUCAUCGAGACCACUGUCUAUGGUUGCUACUCCACCUGCCCGCCCGCGGCAUGGGGAGGCUAUGGCGGAGGGCCUCAGGCCUUUGGUCCAGCGGAGACGAGCACGACAAUUUCGUGA